UGUGGUGGUGAGUGUUGGUGAAGGAAGAGGAGACUAGUGUGUUGGCAUCGUCGUCUUCUUUGAGGACAACUAUAGUAAAAGGUUAAUUAUUGAAGGAGAAUGUUUGGAUGGACUCAUGGUAUAUCCAUUUUACACAACACUUUUUCUUUUCUUUUUUCAAACAAAUAAUUAACAUGAAUUGUCAUAAGGAACAUCCAAAAAGGAACCAGUAUAAAUUAAGCUAAAAUAAAUUUAAUUUACUCCAUACCAAAAAUAAGUCAUGUUAUUCAACAAAAAAAAAAUAAUCCAAAUUAAGUUCAAUAAGUUAACUUAAUCCAAGUUUAUUAUUUCAUCAGAAAUCGACCCGUUAGACUAUUAUCAUUCCUCGGAAGAUACCCGGUCAAAUAAGAAUAAGCCAUUGACCCCUCUUUCUCCCUUAAGUCAAGACAUCGUUUAACAAUUGUUUGCGACGGGGACCCAAAAUUAGGUAUGAAGACACCACCGAGGCACCGAUUCACCAUCCAAAUAACUGGGUGAAAAAAUUCAAGCAUGACAUUACAUUGCCUUUUCCCACUCUUUCUUUCGGUUGGUUUUUUUUAAUCAUUGCUGUUACGACUUACGACUAUUUUUUUUUUCUUUGACUACACUCCACUGUAUUUUUCCCCAAAAAAAACAACUGAAAAUUUUUCUCAUAAAAUCUACUAUUUUCUCUGCUCCUUCAUUUUGAGAAGCCAAUUUUCUCAAAAAAUCAGUUCAUUUUUGAAGAAUUUGUAAACAAUUCGAGCAUUCAAGUAUCGGGCUGAUGGUGGUUAGAGAGUUUGGUCUCUAGAUACAAUGUCUCGUUUUGCUAAAGAUGUAGAUGUUGCUUUUCAGGGUGCUGGAACAAAAGUGCUAAGCUCCUUGUGCUUAAUGCGUUGGAGAUUUAAGCCACAUUGCUGCUUAGAUAUGGCUACAUUGGCUAGGUGGUUCCACAGAAACUAUGGAGUAUGGAGCGGUCUAGAGGUUUGGUGUGUUGAGAAUCUCAACCUGGUUCCGGUACCGAAGUCAUCUCAUGGCAAUUUUUUUUCAGGGAGUGCAUAUUUGAUUUUAAAUACAAUAUUGCUGAAAGAUGGAAUGCUUGAACAUGAUGUACAUUACUGGUUUGGAAAGGAAGCAAAUGAGGUGGAUUCGCUGAUGGUCUCAGAUAAAGCGCUUGAAUUAGAUCUGGCUUUAGGAUCUUGCACUGUGCAAUACCAGGAAAAACAAGGUCAAGAGUCAGCAAAAUUUUUGUCAUACUUUAAACCUUGUAUUAUUCCUUGCGAAGGAGUAUAUACGUCAGGACCAGAGAGGUCAGGUAGAGGCACAUACCAUAUGACCUUGUUAGCAUGCAAGGGUGAACAUGCCAUUUCUGUCAAGGAGGUGCCAUUUUCACGGUCAUCUUUGAACCAUGAGGAUGUUUUUAUCCUAGACACAGAAUCGAAAAUAUAUCUCUUUAGUGGUUUCAAUUCUAGCAUACAAGAAAGAGCCAAGGCUCUGGAGGUCAUCAAGUAUAUCAAGGAAGAAAAACAUGGCGGGAAAUGUCAGGUGGCUACAAUAGAGGAUGGAAAGUUUGUCGGUGAUUCAGAUGCAGGAGAAUUUUGGAGUUUUUUUGGGGGUUAUGCUCCUAUUUCCCGUGAUUCGUCCUCAUUUUUCAAGAAGCUACAUGAUGCUCCUUUUCUAAAGUUAUAUUGGAUAAAUAUCCAGGGUAAAUUAUGUGAAACUUCUAGUGGUUUACUUACAAGGGAAGUGCUAGAUAGAGAAAAGUGCUUCAUGUUGGACUGUGAUGCAGAGGUAUUUGUUUGGAUGGGAAGUUGUACUUCAAUCACAGAACGUAAGACAUCGAUCACUGCAGCGGAAGAUUUCCUCAGAUCCCAAGGCAGGUCAACUAGGAGCCUUGUAAUUGUCUUGACAGAAGGUGCAGAAACACCCAAAUUUAAAUCAUACUUUGUUGGCUGGCCUCAAACAGAUAACCUCAAACUUUAUGAAGAAGGCAAAGAGAAGGUAGCAGCAAUAUUCAAGCAACAAGGUUAUAAUGUGAAGGAGCUUCCAGAAGAGUUUUGCCAACCAUUAAUAAAUUGCAGGGGAAAGCUUGAAGUUUGGGUGGUAAAUGGUGAACAUCUUUCUAUAGUGCCUUCUGAAGGACAUAUAAAGCUUUUCACUGGGGACUGUUAUAUUAUAAAGUACACAUAUCCAAGUAGUCAAAGGGAUGAAAGCAUAUUGUAUGCUUGGCUUGGCUUUGCAAGCGUCAAGGAAGAUAGAGUCGAUGCUAUCUCCCAUAUGAUUGACAUGGCUGAUUCCACUAAAGGAACUCCUGUUUUGGUGCAAAUUUUUGAGGGAAAGGAGCCAGAUCAGUUUUUCUGGAUUACCCAAAGAUUGAUAAUAUUUAAGGGAGGUACGUCCACCAAGUACAGAAAUUUAUUUGCUGAGAAAGCCAUUGAAGACUACACUUAUAAUGCCGGAAGCAUGGCACUUUUCCGUCUUCAGGGAUCUAGUUUAGAGAAUAUGCAAGCCAUUCAACUUAACAUGGUUGCAGGUUCCUUAAAUUCGUCAUAUUGCUAUAUCGUGCAAACUGAAGAAGCUGUUUUCUCCUGGACUGGAAGUUUAACUUCAAGCAGAGACCAUGACCUACUUGACCGGAUGUUGGAACUGCUUAAUCCAGAUUGGCAACCUAAAUCCUUGAGAGAAGGGGGUGAACCUGAUGAAUUCUGGAUGGCUCUUGGUGGAAAAUCAGAGUAUACUAGGGAAAAGGAAAUGAGAAAGCAUAUAGAAGAUCCACAUUUGUUUGUUUGCAAUUUUUCUGAAGAUGAUUUCAAGGUAAAAGAGAUAUUCAGCUUUACGCAGGAUGAUUUAACUACCGAGGAUGUCUUCAUUUUAGACUGUUACCUUGAAAUAUAUGUUUGGAUAGGCUCCCAAUCAAAUGUCAAAUCAAAGCUACAAGCAAUACAAUGUGGCAUGAAUUACCUGGAGAGGGACAUUUUAGCUCAAGGAUUAUCGUUGGAGACACCAUUGUACAUUGUUACAGAAAGACACGAACCAGAAUUCUUUACUUGCUUUUUUGAUUGGGAUGUUUCAAAAUCACAUAUGGAUGGAAAUUCAUUUGAGAGAAAACUCGCACUACUAAGGGGAGAAAAGAAGUUGGAGACACCUCCGAGGAGCUCAUGUAGGGCAUAUUCCUCUGAAUAUUCCCAAAGUGGUUCAAGAAGCAAGUCUGUAAGUUCUAAUAGAGUACCAAGAAGUGCAUCUCCAUCGAGUUUUUCAAAAUCAUACUUAACUUCUUCAAAUGGUGGGGCAUUUUCCAGUCCAGACGUUAUUGCUAAGAAACUUUUUUCAGAACAAUCUGCCGACCACAGCAGUACUGUUGAUUUCCAUAAACUGGACUUGGGCAAUUCUGCUGAGACUGUCAAUUCUUCACUGGUUGCUGAAAAUGACGAUGAUGAUGAUUCUAACCUGCUAAUAUAUCCUUAUGAGCGCUUAAUGCUGACUUCUGAUGAACCAGUUUCUGAUAUAGAUGUGACCAAGCGUGAGGCGUACUUGUCCAAGGCGGAGUUCCAGGCAAAGUUUGGCAUGACAAAGCGAGCCUUCUACACACUACCUAAAUGGAGGCAGAAUAAUCUAAAGGUCUCUCUCAAUCUUUUCUGAUGCAAGUAUGCAGCUAUUCUGAUCAUUGAAGCCUUGGAUAUGCAAUUUAAGUCAUCCGUUGGUGUAAGAAAUGAACUCAGUUGUUUUCUUCAUUUCAAAUAUUGACAGGAGAUAUUCUUGUGAUAUUUCUUUAGCCUUCAAGGAUGUCUUGUAUUAGACAAUCUCUGAACGAUUGAUUAUAAAUUUAUAAGACUGGUGUGAUUAAUUCUAAUUUAGGAUUGUUAUCACCUGAUUUCAGGUGUAAUUUCUUCUGUAUUAAGUGCCUAAUUGGCUAUUACUUCAAUAAAAGAAGUUAUAGCUUGUUCUUGUCA